GCUUCGGGCGCUGCGCAGAGAGAGGCAAGUGGUUCGCAGCGCCCGGCCAGGCGCCCCACACCCGCAGCCGUCAGACGGCAGCGCCUGCGCCCGUGCCGGUGCCCACCCCAGCCGGUGCGCGGGAGCCGCCAGGCAAAGGCGCAGCGGCCGGCGGACAGGUGGACGAUUUCGCUGCCUCGCCCGCUCUCUGCACCCUGAGAAGCCAAGCCCGCAAGCCCAGCACCCGCCCUCCGAAAUGAAGAAGCUCCAGGGAGCUCACCUCCGCAAGCCCAUCACCCCAGACCUGUUGAUGACCCCCAGCGAUCAGGGAGAUGUGGACCUGGAUGUGGACUUUGCUGCAGACCGGGGGAACUGGACAGGCAAGCUGGACUUCCUGCUGUCCUGCAUUGGCUACUGUGUGGGCCUGGGCAAUGUCUGGCGCUUCCCCUAUAGAGCCUACACCAAUGGAGGAGGUGCCUUCCUGGUGCCCUACUUCCUCAUGCUGGCCAUCUGCGGCAUCCCCCUCUUCUUCCUCGAGCUCUCCCUGGGUCAGUUCUCCAGCCUGGGACCCCUGGCCGUCUGGAAAAUCAGCCCCCUCUUCAAAGGUGCGGGCGCAGCCAUGCUGCUCAUCGUGGGCCUGGUGGCCAUCUACUACAACAUGAUCAUCGCCUACGUCCUCUUCUACCUCUUCGCCUCCCUCACCAGCACCCUGCCCUGGGAGCACUGCGGCAACUGGUGGAACACAGGCCGCUGCCUGGAGCACCGGGGCGCCAAGGAGGGCAACGGGGCGCUGCCCCUCAACCUCACCAGCACCGUCAGCCCCAGCGAGGAGUACUGGAGCCGCUAUGUCCUGCACAUCCAGGGCAGCCAGGGCAUCGGCAGCCCUGGGGAGAUCCGCUGGAACCUCUGCCUCUGCCUGCUGCUGGCCUGGGUCAUCGUCUUCCUCUGUAUCCUCAAGGGUGUGAAGUCCUCGGGCAAGGUGGUGUAUUUCACGGCCACAUUCCCCUACCUCAUCCUGCUCAUGCUGCUGGUCCGCGGAGUGACCCUCCCUGGGGCCUGGAAGGGCAUCCAGUUCUAUCUCACCCCCCAGUUCCACCACCUGUUGUCUUCCAAGGUGUGGAUCGAAGCUGCUCUUCARAUAUUCUACUCCCUGGGUGUGGGCUUCGGGGGUCUCCUCACCUUUGCCUCCUACAACACAUUUCACCAGAACAUCUAUAGAGACACCUUCAUCGUCACUCUGGGCAAUGCCAUCACCAGCAUCCUGGCUGGCUUCGCCAUCUUCUCCGUGCUGGGCUACAUGUCUCAGGAACUGGGUGUGCCUGUGGACCAAGUAGCCAAAGCAGGCCCCGGCCUGGCCUUUGUGGUCUACCCACAGGCCAUGACCAUGCUGCCCCUGUCCCCCUUCUGGUCCUUCCUCUUCUUCUUCAUGCUUCUGACCCUCGGCUUGGACAGCCAGUUCGCCUUUCUGGAGACCAUCGUGACGGCUGUGACGGACGAGUUCCCRUACUACCUGCGGCCCAAGAAAGCUGUGUUCUCGGGCCUCAUUUGUGUGGCCAUGUACCUGAUGGGGCUGAUCCUCACCACCGACGGAGGCAUGUACUGGCUGGUCCUUCUGGAUGACUACAGUGCCAGCUUUGGACUGAUGGUGGUCGUGAUUACCACGUGCCUCGCCGUCACCCGGGUGUAUGGCAUCCAGAGGUUCUGCCGAGACAUCCACAUGAUGCUGGGCUUCAAGCCGGGCCUCUACUUCAGGGCCUGUUGGCUGUUCCUGUCCCCAGCCACACUCCUGGCCCUGCUGGUGUAUAGCAUCGUCAAGUACCAGCCCUCAGAGUAUGGCAGCUACCGCUUCCCCGCCUGGGCCGAGCUGCUGGGCAUCCUCAUGGGCCUGCUGUCCUGCCUCAUGAUCCCAGCUGGCAUGCUAGUGGCUGUGCUUCGAGAGGAGGGCUCUCUCUGGGAGAGGCUCCAGCAGGCCAGCCGGCCAGCCAUGGACUGGGGCCCGUCGCUGGAGGAGAACCGGACAGGCAUGUACGUGGCCACGCUGGCUGGGAGCCAGUCACCCAAACCACUGAUGGUGCACAUGCGCAAGUACGGGGGCAUCACCAGCUUCGAGAACACGGCCAUCGAGGUGGACCGAGAGAUUGCCGAGGAGGAGGAGUCCAUGAUGUGAGACAGAAGGCAGGCAGACGGGAGGCCCUGUCUGGGGCCACACAG